CAUGUUAUCAACUGUUAUUCCACCCCAGGAAUGACAUUGUCCAUGGAGGGCUAACAAUGGACAAUGUACUGGUGACCAGUCAGUUCGGAGGCUUUGUUCGCGGGCGAACAGUCAUGAAAUACACCAUAAAGGUGAGUGACUAUGGAAUAGCUAAAAUGAGUGGAGAAGACAUCUUCCUUCACUACUACUACCGGCAUGACACCCCGACUCGCUACUUUACGGCUCCGGAGGUUCAAGACGGCGUCUACACCAAGGAGUCCGACGUCUUCUCCAUGGGCGCCAUCUUUGUGGCCCUGACGGACCGCACCACUCUGAAGAUCGCGGAGCACCACAGUGUCGUACCCUUCAUCAUUCCCGACAUCCCCUUCGGCCAGGCCCUGAACACCAGCCCGUCCCUUCGGCUCUCCGAAGUCGUCAUGAAGAACUUAGGGGAAAACAACAGCCUGAAGGAGAUGGUGGUGGCCAUGUUAUCCACGGACCCGCAGGACAGACCCACGGCGGAGGAAGUGAGCGAGAGGGUCCAGGCUAUCGGGAACGCUACCGGCGCCAUGGCGGGGGUUUUCCUGGGGAUAGCGAUCGCCAUUGGCGGGGCCGUUGAUGGGCGCAAGUAA